AAAAUAUCAUCUUUCCUUCAGCAGCAGUUCGCAUUCUCAUUCUCUCUUUCUAGAGUUCUCAAAUCUCAUCCGGCAACGCCAAUCGAGAUAAAGGAAUUUAAUUUCAACAUAAGACAUGUCAGGCGAUGAAGCUGUUGCUCCUGUUGCUGCCGAGGUUCAGGCUCCGGUUCCAAUUAUUGGUGAGCCUAUGGAUAGUAUGACAGCAUUGCAGCUUGUUUUAAGGAAAUCACUUGCUCAUGGAGGUUUAUCUAGAGGUCUUCAUGAAGGUGCAAAAGCAAUUGAAAAGCAUAAAGCUCAGAUUUGUGUAUUAGCUGAGGAUUGUAAUCAACCAGAUUAUGUUAAGCUUGUGAAAGCUCUUUGUGCUGAUCAUAAUGUCAAUUUGAUCACUGUUGAAAGUGCCAAAACUCUUGGGGAAUGGGUUGGUUUGUGCAAGAUUGAUUCUGAGGGAAAGGCAAGGAAAGUUGUUGGUUGUUCAUGUGCUGUUAUAAAUGAUUUUGGUGAAGAGAGUGCUGCUUUAACUAUUGUCCAAGAGUAUCUUAAGGCACACUAAAAUGGCAUAGCCUGAUUAAAGAUUGAUUUGAUUUCUAUUAAGGUUUUUUCUUUCUUUUUGAUCAUUCUCAUAAGAGUAUAGACUUGUUCUUGAUUUAGAAUAUUUAUAUUCAGAAUGCUUAAUUUAUUUGUCUUCUUGAUGGAGAUUUGUUACAAGCUUUGCAUUUUGUUUAAUGGGUUAAAAGAAAUUUUGUUUCUUGA